AUUUACAAGGCUAUUUAUCUUCUAGGUCCACAAGGCAGAACGGGAAACCCCGGCAAACCAGGCCCAAAGGGGAAAGUGGGAGCUAUUGGCAAAGCAGGCCCACGAGGGCCCAAGGGUUUAAAGGGUAAUCCUGGAAAAAAUGGGGCCCCAGGGAAAAAAGGGCCCAAAGGGAACAAGGGUGAGACUGGACUGCCAGGACCCUGUACUUGUAAUGCCAACAAAGCCAAGUCUGCCUUCUCUGUGGCAGUCUCCAAGAGCUACCCAAGGGAAAGGCUGCCCAUCAAAUUUGACAGGAUCCUGAUGAACGAGGGAGGACAUUACAAUGCUUCCAGUGGGAAAUUUGUAUGCAGCAUCCCAGGUAUUUACUACUUCACUUAUGAUAUCACUUUGGCCAACAAACAUUUGGCCAUUGGCUUGGUCCACAACGGGCAGUACCGGAUUAAGACUUUUGAUGCAAAAACUGGGAACCAUGACGUUGCCUCUGGAUCAACCAUCCUUUCUUUGAAACAGGAGGAUGAGGUAUGGCUGCAGAUAUUUUACUCAGAACAAAAUGGGCUCUUUUAUGAUCCUUACUGGACAGACAGCUUAUUUACUGGUUUCCUGAUAUAUCCUGAUCAAGAUUAUCUCAAUGAAAUAUGAUAAACUAACCUGUGGGAAAAAACAGGAAAUGCAUGCGACCUCAGUCCAGCAAAAUGUAGCCUGUACAUGGACAUGAGUGGAAUUAUCAUACAGUUCCACAUUUUUGGCGCUAGCAGCCUGUAUUGGCUAUUCAGAUAUUCACUUGAUGGCAUCAACUGCUCCACAGGGUACCAGGACCAGCAGGACUCACCUUUCAGCAGCCUCAUUAAUCUCUCAGUCUCGAAGCCACCCAGUGUGUUUUCUCAGAUUUCAGCCUCCAUGUACCAGCACUGGAGUCCUGCAUCUGGUUACUCUGCAACAUGCCAUGGACAUGUAAUUCACAUACUGGUGCUGAAUGCUUUAUUAUAUUAUUGUUAUAAAACCUGGAAACCAACAACCAUUUCCUGAAGGCUGAGCUCAGAAGUGCCACUGAUGUUAGAGACUGUAUCACUGCCCCUCCUCCCCCUACACCCUAUAAUAGUAAUAAACCCUUUUAAUCCAGAGUUACACUUUACCAGCUACUUAAGAGUCAGGAAGUCAUAAGUUAAUGUUAUAAAAGAGUAGUUCUCAGCCUCAUCAAAGCAGCACUGAUAAGCAAACCCAUCUGGUCUAAAUAGGAAAGGACACAAAAGAGCUCCCAUUUUUCAGUUAAAGGUAAGACUCCUCCUAAGAAACAAGCUGCUCCACUGAGCAUCAGUGGUGCUUCUCAAAUUUCAGCCUCCAUGUACCAGCACUGGAGUCCUGUGUCUGGUUUCAGACAGUCUUUGGUAAGCCACAGUCAGGAUCUAAACUGGACUGUGCAAGUCAACUACCCAUGGGCUUCUGAGCCACAGUGGAUUAUGGACUUUACAGAUCAAUUCUACUUUUACAAGUGAAAAUACCUGCACGAUUUUUGUGGACUACAGUACCUGUAGUUGCAUUUAACUGUAACCGCGUUGUAGCUUACAAAAAUCUUUUCAAGUACAUUUUAUAAAAUAAAGCUGAACAAAAGUACUCCUGGAAUAGUCUUGAUAUUCAUU